AGAGACCUCCUUGGAGCCCAGGGGGCACAGGGACCCAGCUCAGCUGGGGACACCCAGCCCUGGCUGCACUCUGCUCUCGGGUCGGCAUCUCGGUGCAGGGCUCAGUGUUGGCAGGGCACGGUGCCUCUCUUCUGUUCUCUGGAGCAGCUCCCUAGAUUUCAGCCAGGACACAUGGUUCCUGCCUUCCCUUGAAAAAUUAAUGUGCCAGAUUGCUUGGGGUCGUUUGAAAUGCUGAGGAAGGCUCGACUCCUUGCUUCCCAAGGGCAUGGGCUGCCUCUGCCUCACAGCCAGAGCUUGGCUCCGUAGAGGGCAGGGGAGUCCUCUUUAGUAGGAAAACAUUGGAGGCAGUUUUAGCUGUGUGCUUACCCCCUCCCUCCUCUGCAUUUUCUUCUACAAAGACCAAAACAAUGUGGAGACUUGAGCUGGGCCAGCUUUCAAGGGCAAUCCUUUAAACCCUCUUUUGAAGUAUGAACUAUAAAGUUCCCUGCGGCGCUCGAGAAAAUAUGCAGUUUUCCUGGUUCCAAAUGCUGAUAAUAAACCCAUCCAGAUAAUGUAUUGCAUUUCCUAGAAACAUUUGUUUGCUGGCAGGAAAUUGGAUCAGGUUGAGACCGCUCGAUAGAGCGAGUGCAAUCCGCUCACGGAAGGGUACGGUGGAAAAUACGACAGGGCUUGCACUGGUGAUGCUGCUUUUGAUCUGUGCUGACGCUGUGGACUUCUCUCAGUCUCUUCCUGGGUUAUUAUUAACCCAGACACGUUUUGGCUUAGACACUAACCAGAAGCUACUAAACUAAUAAAACUCCGCUGUGACAACUAAAGGACACUAAUACUAUGCAAUCCAGGGGCGCUCAGAAAGCUGAGCUGGGCACUCACACGCCCACAGCCAAAAAAAAGCAUCUUCUUCACCGUGGCAUGUAGCACCCGUGGCUGUGCUGGGGAGCUUCCCAGACCCCACCUCAUUUUCUUGGUUGCCCCCUGAUCCCUGCUCAGGAGAAAGCAGGCAUUCCUUGGCAGGGUGGAGAGGCAGCUGGCAGCACGCCCUGGCAGGCAGCAGGGAUGUUCCCAUGGGGCUGGGACCCUGCAGGGUGCAGGGACUGGGGAGGAGGAGGGCAGGAGCUUCCCCUGGGCGGGCAGUUUCGGAGCACUGUGUGGGAUGAGGCUGUGGGGAAGCAAGACUUCGCCCAGCCACCCCUGUAAGGUGCUGUGAGUGAGUCGGCGCUGCAGGCUCUGGAGGGGUUUGAAAGAAACUUUUGGACUGUGAAUUGAGGCAUUGGCCAGGCUCGAGAUGGCCUCUCCGGCAGACAGCUGCAUCCAGUUCACCCGCCACGCCAGCGACGUCCUCCUCAACCUGAACCGCCUCCGCAGCCGGGACAUCCUGACCGAUGUCGUCAUCAUCGUGAACCGGGAGCAGUUCAGAGCCCACAAAACAGUCCUGAUGGCCUGCAGUGGCCUCUUCUACAGCAUCUUCACUGACCAGCUCAAGUGCAACUUGAAUGUCAUCAACCUGGAUCCUGAAAUUAACCCCGAGGGGUUUUGCAUCCUCUUGGACUUCAUGUACACCUCCCGCCUGAACUUGAGGGAGAACAAUAUCAUGGCUGUGAUGGCCACAGCACUCUACCUGCAGAUGGAGCACGUGGUUGACACCUGCCGAAGGUUCGUCAAGUCCAGCGAAGCAGAGAUGGUGUCUGCUGUGAAGACCCCAAGGGAAGAGUUUUUGGCGGGACGGAUGCUGGGCCACCCAGAGGUGAUGGCUUAUCGGAGCAGAGACGUCUCAGAGAGCGGCAUGCCUCUUCAAAACGGGUCCCUCUGCAGCGGGAGGGCCUUUGCGCCUGGCUUGAUCAACAGUUUGUCUGGAUCCCCCAUUUCCUACCACGGAUACAGCCCUCUCCCUCUAAACAGCUUCCUAGUGGAUGAUGAGCUGCGGGAGAUGAGGAUGCCUCUCUCUGAACUCUCGAGGGCAGGUGCUUUCCCCAAGGAGAGGAUCCUGCCGUGCGACAGCUCCAGGACAAUCCCCACCGAGUACGUGAGAACCAUUACCGACAUCUCUGCCAACAUGUGCCACGCCACCAUCUAUGCUCCUAAAGAAGGUGCUGCUGAGGAAGCCAGGAGUGACAUGCACUACAGCGUGGCCUCCGGGCCCAAACCUGUCAUCCCUUCAGUCCGGAGCAACCCCUACUUCCCUUGCGAUAAAGUGGCCAAAGAGGAGGAGCGGACCUCUUCAGAGGACGAGAUCAGCCAGCACUUUGAGCCCACCACCACCCCCCUGGACCGCAAGGGACUCAUCAGCCCCCAGAGCCCGCAGAAGUCAGACUGCCAGCCCAACUCACCAACCGAGUCCAGCAGCAGCAAGAAUGCCCGUAUCGGUCAGAACUCCAGCUCCCUCUUCACCAAGAGCCCCACAGACCCCAAAGCCUGCAACUGGAAGAAGUACAAGUUCAUUGUCCUCAACUCUCUCAACCAGAACACCAAGCAAGACAGCGCUGACCAGAACGAGAUGGGAACCCUCUCUCCUCGCACCUUCGUGCCCAUGUCCACCUGCCAGCAGUCCAUGGAGCCAGAGCACCUCAAUGUGCAAUCCCCCACCAAGAUAAGCGUGAAUGGUGAAGACUCUACUAUCCCACAGGCGAGCAGACUCAACAAUAUUGUUAACAGGUCCCGGGAUGGGUCCCCUCGGAGCAGCGAAGGGCAGUCCCCACUGUACAUGCAUUCAUCCAAGUGCAGCUCCUGUGGCUGCCAGUCCCCACAACAUACUGAGAUGUGCCUUCAUACCCCUGGCUCAAACUUUGGAGAAGAGAUGGGGGAAACCCAGUCUGAAUACUCUGACUCCAGCUGUGAGAACGGAGCCUUCUUCUGCAACGAGUGUGACUGCCGGUUCUCCGAGGAGGCCUCUCUCAAGAGACAUUCUCUGCAAGUGCACAGUGACAAGCCCUACAAGUGUGACCGCUGCCAGGCCUCCUUCCGCUACAAGGGGAACCUCGCCAGCCACAAAACCGUCCACACAGGAGAGAAGCCCUACCGCUGCAACAUCUGCGGGGCACAGUUCAACCGACCAGCCAACCUGAAAACCCACACACGCAUCCACUCCGGGGAGAAACCCUACAAGUGUGAGACUUGCGGGGCCAGAUUUGUCCAGGUGGCCCACCUCCGUGCUCACGUGCUCAUUCACACCGGGGAGAAGCCGUACCCCUGUGAGAUCUGCGGCACGCGCUUCCGGCACCUGCAGACCCUCAAAAGUCACCUUCGAAUCCACACAGGAGAGAAACCCUAUCAUUGCGAGAAGUGCAACCUGCAUUUCCGCCACAAGAGCCAGCUGCGGCUGCACCUGCGGCAGAAGCACGGGGCCAUCACCAACACCAAGGUGCAGUACCGCAUCUCGGGCGGCGAGGCGCCCCCCGAGCUCCCCAAGGCCUGCUGAAGGCCAGGAGUGCCCGCCAGGAGCUCGGCUUGGGGGGCACGGCGGGGAGGAGCUGUCCAAAGGAUACCUGCAACACCCUAAAAGAGAGAGGGAGAGACAGAAAAAAUAUUCGUCACGUGAUGGAGUGCCUCUAAACCCAUAGUACAGAUAGGUGGAGAAACA